AUGGCGAUAUUAUUGAGGAGGCUUUCAAGGCAAUUCUUUGCUGUUCAUUUGAAGUUUUUGCCAACAGUUAGUCGGUAUUCAGAUAACAUUAUUGACAGACCUGAUAUGGGUCCACCAAUACCGCCAUAUCAGAAAAGACAAGGUGAAACAACUGAUGUUAAGAAAGCAAGAUUGCUCUAUCAAAGCAGGAAAAGAGGAAUGUUAGAAAAUGGCUUGUUGUUAAGUACAUUCGCGGAAGGAUUCCUGACAACGUCUAAUGAAAAGUUAUUAGAUCAGUACGACACUCUGAUAAAUGAACCGACAAACGAUUGGGAUAUUUACUACUGGAUGACUGGGGUUAAAGAAACACCUGAAAAGUAUGAAAAUGAGGUGAUGAAGAUGUUGAAAAAACACGCGCAAAAUGAACAUAUGGAAGAAAGAAUUCGACAACCCGAUCUAAAAUUUUAGUUUUGCAGUCAGCAGUAAUCGUAUAGUGUGGUAACAGACAUUGCUGUGCAAUUGGGUGUAAAGAGAUUUGCGUAUAAAUAUCGGAAUGUAGCAGUUAAAUCUUUAAAACACGGGAUAUUAUGUAUUUGCUCCAGUAGGCAUGGUCAAAGCACUAAUAAAUAGCUGUGGCGUUUCCCCAUCGUGCGGCCACUUGGCUGAGAAGUGGAUAUGUAAAAACGCCGUGCAUAAUUCUUCCGGUUUGCGGCAUAUUGUUAUUAUACCUGCACAUCUGUAUAAAAAUGCAUCCUACUACUAAAUUAUAUUCGUUGUGCAAAGUUC